AUGUCAUUCUUUAGUAAAGCCAAAGAUAAGUUGGACAACGUCAGCAGGUCAAGUUCAAUUAGGUCUAAGAAAUCCAAGGAGAAGAAGAGAUUGAGUGGGUUAAGAUAUGAGAGUUUAAACAAUUCCAAAGAGUCGGUCAAUUCAGUUAAAAGUUCAGGGUCAAAAAAGAAGAAGGAGAAAGUUGAACCAUUGGCACCUGUAGUUGGAGAACCUGUGCCUGUGAAGGAAGCUGUACCGGAGGCAGCACCAGAAGCAGCACCAGAAGCCCCUGUUUCAGUAACUGAAGCACCACCCCCUGAAUCUUCAGAACCACCAGUAACAGCAUUAGAAUUAGCACCUGAAACUUCAGAACCACCACCAGCAUCAGAACCACAACCAAAAUCCACUACCCCUGAACCACAAUCCUUGGUCCCAGAAACUUUAUCAUCGCCCAAACCAUCAGAACCAGAACCAACUGAAACUACCCCCUUAAACCCCAAUAUCGAUUUAGAAAGUCAACGUCCUAUCUCCGUUUUAAGUAGUCCUAGAUUUUCCUUCUUUAUUAUUAUAGUGUUAUUAUUAUUAGUUGCAAUAGUAUAUUUUAGUUAUUCUGAUUCUAACGUAGUGAUCAAACAAUCCGUCAAACCUUCAAUCAACUCCAUUAACUUAUUGGAACUUAAUAAUGAAGGAGUCAAAGUUCAUUUGAAUUGUUCGAUUCUUAUCAAUUAUGAUAAUAUCACCAAUAUUUUCCAUAAAUUCUUAUAUAAGAAUUUAUCGGUAUUGGCAGGAACCAUUAUUUUGAUUCCUAAAUUACCCAUUGAAGUACAAUUGAAUGAUUUGAAAUCUUUCAAUGUUACUACCCCUUCACAGUUUUCCUUGGGGUUGACCAAUCAUGCGUUAACAGUGUUCGAUUUCAAUUCCACCAUUCAUCUUAAUGAUGAGAAUUUGAUCAAGUUAUUGAACAGUUUGAUGAGUGAAGAUGAGGUAUUGAUAAAUUUGAAAACUCUGUUUCAUACUGAUUUGAAGAAAGGUUGGGUUAGUUUGAAGAACCUUCCUAUUUCGAUUGAUCAGGAACUUAUCUUCAAUAAUAAUUUGAACGGGUCAGGGGAGGCUUUAGAGGUUAUAGACGUGGAGGUAGAUGAAAGGUUGAGGUUUACCAGUAACGUUAGGUUACCUAAAAUGGUCAAUGAUGUGAUAUGGAAGAAAAAUGAGUUUAAUAUUCAAAUUAGAGACUGUCAAGGAGAUUUGGUUCCAAUAGCCGAGUUCCAGUACUUUAAUGGAUCGAUUAAGGGGGGUGUUUUACUGUUUCCUCAAGAUAAUUGCUCAUUAUAUGAUCCGUUACCGGUACUUUAUGUCAAUACCACCAUAGUAAAUGAUAAAUAUCCUUCAUGGUUAAUGAAUAUCCUCAAUCACGUGACUUUCAGAAUACCACAAUUUCAAUUACCUCCAAUAACGUUUCCCACGGUGAACUAUACUUUAGAGGAAACCACCAUUAAAAAUGACAAGAAGUUAAAAAUGAUGAAUAACAUUUCAGUAGAUCUUCCUUAUGAUUUUGAUGUUCAUUACGACAUGUCUAUUGCCCACGGACACGUAGAGUAUCAUGAAGGAACACUCAUUAAUGUCAUGGAACUAGAUCAUCAGUAUGAUGGACAAUUUGAAAUGAAUCGUCUAGAAGUGUCCAGUUCCAUCAUUAAUGCCACCUUGACUAAUCUCGGUAACUUUUCCAUACCAAACAUCACCGUGCCUGAUCCUGAAAUCGUCAUUAACGACAUUAUGGUGAUAAGUUCUACCUCACAAACAUUGGAUAUUUUCGUUGAUAUUGAUAUCGCCGGUAUAGAUUUGAACUUCAAGCGUCCUAUGGAGUUUAUGUUAGACGCUGGGAAGUUAAUGGUAGGUCCGGUGGUAACUUUAUCGUUGGAUAAAUCUCCCGAAUUGAUAGGAUUCCUCAAUAAUGUCAUCAGUAAUCGAUCUCAAGAGUUGGUAUUGGUUUCACCAUUCAACACCAUCACCACCACCCCCAAAUUUGAUCUUGAAGAUUUGAUUGUGGAUGUUACCAUGCAUGUAUUUGGAUCUGAGGUGGAGUUGACGGUGUUUAAUCCUAUUUCUAACCAUGAAUUGGGUAUUAUGAUCAAUUCAGUCAAUGCUACUUAUGAAGGUACGAAAUUGGGGACUAUAGAGAAACCUCAUUAUGUAACGGUGAUGCCAGGAGAGUCAAAAACAGGGAAAAUUCCCAUCAAAUUUAAUGCUGUGGGAGUAGAUAUCUUGAGAAAGGCAUUAAAUGGGAAACUUUUGGUUGAUGUGGUUUCUGAAUUCACUAUGGAUAUUGACGAGUUGAGUAUGGAGUUGGUGUACGAAGGUUAUGAUUUAACGGCAAAUAUUAGGGUAUAG